AUGGAUUCAGGCUCCAUGGAACUCAAACUCAUGUAUUGUACAGAUCUAAACGCCUUCAAUUUCUUUCAAAAACUCUUAGUUUAUGUACUGGUUUCAAUUGUGAGUGACGAUGAUCCAGACAAGAAAGCAUUGGAGCUGCAGAAACAGCAACAAAGAACACCCACUGACAACGAAGGAGAUGGGAAUCCUGAGUGGAAUCAUGAGAUGCAUUUCGAUCUGACCGAGGUUUCAUUUCAAGAUUGUGAUCAUCUCUUUGUUCACUUUGAUCUCCGCCAUGAAGGUCUCUAUUUUGGAGACAAAACUAUUGGUGAAGUUCGUGUACCCUUGAAAGAUUUGAUCCAGGAGGCUAAUGGAAUUGUCAGGUUUUUGAGUUACGAGGUCCGAACCCCAGAUGGAAAACCCAAUGGGGUCCUGAAUUUCUCUUGCAAGGUGAAGAACAUUGGGACUAGUUAUUCCAAAACUGACAUCACCGGGUUUCCAAUAGUUAAUCAUCAGCCCUAUCCAACAUCGGAAGUUCAAAGUUUAUCAGAACAAGUUCAUUAUCCGACUUUGGACUUGGAGGGUAACUCCCAAGAAACAUUUUCUGUGUCUCACGUUCAUCAUACUUCAGAUUGGAUACAGUAUUCCUCCCAAGAGAAUUAUUAUCCCCCACCUGUAGCCCAUUAUCCACCACCACCACCACCAAUGGUAGAUCGGGCAUGGGGUUGUUACUUCCCAUCUCAGCCUCCACCACUACACCAUACUUGGGCUCUUGGUGCUUAUAACCAUAACAGCAGCCAUGUAAACUGGAGCCCCGUGGCAGGACAAUUGCCGACAUUUGUUGAUGAAGAGAUGCGGCCAAAUGAUUUCAGAGCGGAGGGUGAUCGCCAUUCUUCUUUUUGGACUGGCAGGUGA